AUGGAUCUCUUCCAAUUUCAUUUGCUGAAGCUGGAGCUCACAGCUGGGUCACUGCUGGAAGAGCUCAGAAGGCUGCAGCACACCUUGGAACAGGUCAAGAAUGGCAAAGACUUGCUUCAGAGCCAUCAGCUUGCCAUGGAUGAAGAAAAUAAUAUUGAAAAAUACAAUAUCAACUCACAGCCCUUGGAAUCCAAAGUGAAAAUCAUCCAGCGAGCGUGGCGCGAGUACCUGCAGCGCCAGGACCUGCCGCCCCGGGACAAGCGCAGCCCCUCCCCACCCUCCCUCUCCUCAGACAAGAUGAGCAGGUCCAUCAGCUUGACCACCUUCUCUGACAGCAGCACCCCGGUGAGUGCAGUGCUGGGACCAGUUUUCCUGUCUGUUGCUUGGUGUUGGGUUCCUUUCUAG